GUGGCUGCCCCACUGCAAAUAUAGGGAGAUAACGGGCCGUGAGUAGCGGCUGAAAACUUCUUAUACUGACAUGUUAGAGCAAUGACGUUUGCUUAACCGUAUAAACGGAGACGAAUCUCCCAGCACGAGGAUGAUAUAGGGUCUCUACGGGCAGAGGAACAAGGAAAUAUUGCCACGGCCAGGUGGGGAAUAGAAAGUGGCGAAUCCGUUUAAGUUUAGAAAGAGCGAGAGUGAGCAGAAUUCCCGAAAGUUGAGACCAAUCCAAAAACAGCGGCGGUGUACCCAUUUGAAAGAUGAGCUUGAUGUCUGCCAUAGACACCAGUGCCUCUGUGUACCAGCCGGCACAGCUACUCAAUUGGGUCUAUCUCUCUCUACAAGACACCCACCAGAACCACCAAAGCGCUUUUGACGCCUUUAGACCCGAACCCAACUCUUCCCACCCAGAUCUGAACUACUGCAAGACUCCCGCGGCGGACUUGAGCUCGUCCCUUAACUCCAACUAUCUCAACAACUUUUUUCAGCUCCAGCGGAAUGAGGCAUUGAAUAACAGCGUGUAUAAGAACGUCUCGCCAUAUGGCUCACUCAACAACAUUGUCGAUGGACUCAACUCCUUAACGGACCACUUCUCUGACCUCUCCCUCUCGUCAGAGCAACGCAAGCCCAGUAAGAGGCCCCCGCCCAACUACCUGUGCCACCUGUGCUUCAACAAGGGCCACUACAUCAAAGACUGUCCCCAGGCACGCCCUAAAGGUGAAGGUCUGACCCCGUACCAGGGGAAGAAGAGGUGUUUCGGAGAGUAUAAAUGUCCCAAGUGUAAGAGGAAGUGGAUGAGCGGUAACUCCUGGGCCAACAUGGGACAGGAAUGUAUCAAGUGCCACAUCAACGUCUACCCACACAAACAGCGUCCGCUGGAGAAGCCUGAUGGCCUGGACGUCUCAGACCAGAGUAAGGAGCAUCCACAACACCUGUGUGAGAAAUGCAAAGUCCUGGGCUACUACUGCCGACGCGUGCAAUAAUGCCUUAAAACAGCCACCGCCCCGGCAACAUCUGUACCGCCCGCUUCUGUCAGAAAAUAGAGGAACCGUUGCCUGUGCCGUCUCUCCUCUCCAUCCCCAUUGUCUGAAAGAGAGUCUAGAAACUCUCCCUUCUCAACAGCAGGCCCUCACCCUGUCACUCUCCCACUCCUUGCCCAGUCCCUAGUCCCCACUGCCACUCCCAUUCCCUAUCUGAAUUUGAUAGCAAACCUCUUGGGGAACCUCAUCACUAAGCGCGGUUCUUGGGCCUUUUCCUAAUGGCAAGGGUGUAGAAGCUGAUCCAAAAUGUGCGCUUAGGGAAACCUCUGCCCAUACUGAUAAAAAGCCUGCAAAAUGCUAUUUUUUUAAAACAUUUUUUAUAUCAUUUGAUGUAAAUAUCAACGAUCCUGACAGGGCCUUUUGUACCCUUUCCUAAAAACCCUGUAACCCAACAAAGAUUGUGUCUAUAGUAUGAUAUUGUUGUCACUGACAGUAUUUCCCACCUUUGGUAUUAUUACCUCAUUCUGGGGUGGGUUGGCGGUUUCCAGAGGAGGUUGGCCUUUGUUCUCCCUGCCAAGUGAAAUGUGUGUGGAUGUUCUGAGUAUAUCGGAGACAGAGCCUCUGGAGAUAGUAAUGCAACAGAGGUCCCUAAACCCUCUGUCAUCAUGGGCUCAUGUCAGGGUAAAAGGGUUAAUGUCUGGGUCAAAGGUCAACAUAUACAAUAAUAACUGUGAAUUAAAUAUGAAUUGAUUAUUGAUUAACUGAGGGAUAUUGCACCAUAAAUCCCUGGCUGACAUGUUACAUGUGGCAUAUUUAUUAUUUGUUGUCUUUGUUUCUUGUGCAAUUUUGUAUAGAUUUUAGUCGGGACAUAUACAGAUGUGUAUACUAUAUGUAUGUUUGUAUAGCAAAGUAUUAUUGUGUAACUGCUUCCACUUGUCUUUAGAAACUACUGUAGGUUGAGAUAGUUGUUCUUCGUUUAGAUUGUGUAUCACAGUGAAAAUAAUGUCGAUAUUUCUUACUUUACAUGCUAUGCAUUUAUGUCAACAAUGAAAUAAUUGUUUAGGUAUUAAGAUUUACAAAUUGACCAGUUUUGAAUUUCUAUUUCUUAAAGGCCAAUUGUGCAAUAACAGCAGUUUCUGUGAUGAUAAAGACUGGAUAUUGAGAUUCUCUAAGACAAUAUCCCAUUGAUAUUGACUCUAAAGAGUUAGGUUAUGGCAAUUCUGUAGUCUCAUUUCCUUUUAUUCCCACUAAUUUGACAGUUUACAUCCAAACAAUUAUUUCUUUAAAUAAUUAUUGAAAAGUAAUUCCGUCCUAUAAUUUAUGUAAGCAGACAAUAUUCUUAUAAAGGGGCCACCUUUAAGGGCUCAACAUCACAUUUUAGCAUGUUUACAACUAGUGUAUUUGGUGUAGGAUGCCCAUAGAUUGACAUGGAUAAUUAUAGUUUAUAAGAACACAUAUUUAUUCUGGUAUAUAAUAGAAAUCAUUAUACAUCUCAAAUUGGAUUUAUAGCAUACUGUAUUGCAUUUGCAAAAGCAAAUCUUUUGGGGGACUGACCAAAAGAGCUGUUGCAAUCAAGUAACACUACUUUAUGACAGUUUUAUUGUCCUAGAAUUGUGUGUGACUCUUCCUAAUCUAUUUUUCCAAGGGGUCUAACCCCUUCAAUGUGUCAAACAGGUGACAGCAGUAAAGGAUGUCUGGAAAGAGUGAGAUGUGGAGGGAUGUAGGGAAGAUUGCUAUGAUGGUUGGUAAAGUAAAAAGAAGUGGAAAAGCUUGUCUUUUACACAUUGCCAUGUUUCGUUUAUCAGAGGAUAUCUUGUAAGUGUAAUGAUGGAUUAAGUUUACGUUUCCGUGUGUUUGAUACCACUUCAUAUCAUGAUGUAAACAUGAUAUCAUGUUUUUAUGGGUAAGAAGUAACCAUUACCUGUUUACAAAGAUGUAGGCCUAUACCUUAAACUUUACACUUGGUGGAUUUAAAGCAAAGAAUGUCUUUGAUCUUGUAUUUCCAAUAUUGGGUUGCGUCUUAGCAAAGAUUAUUCAGACUUUUGGAACAUUCAUAUUUUCUGAGGAUAGUUGUAACGCUUUCUACCACUUUUCAGAACUGUAUGUUUCUACUCAAACAAAUUGGUUUCUCCAAUAUUUAGAAUGUGUAUGAUGGUUCUAUAAAUAUUGCAUUUCUCAUCACAUAUUUUUUAUUAUUUGAAACAUACUAAUGUGCCUUGUGAAAAUAGAUUUUUUUAUUACAUUAAACAAGAGGAGUGUUAUACUUAGUUUUUAACUGGAAUGAACUAAUGUCUAGAGGUAACUGUUGGAGAGUGUUUGGCCAAGUCUGAUGCAGGAUCAAGAUGUGAAUGCAUAUGGGAAAACAAUACUAUUACCGCAUUAGUAAUGAGAACCGGGUAAGGUUUUCCUCAACACCAUUUUGUUAAGAUUGGCAGUAACUGAAAUAUCUGGCCCAAACCAAAUCACACACACUGUAGGUAACAGUUGGAAACAAUGUUAUUUUGUAGUCAGUACACUAAUGUGAAUGAGCUGUAGCCCUCAUCCUCAUUCCAUUAACUUUGGCUGGGAUAUAUUCUGAUUGUGGGUUACAUGCAUUGCUGCCCACCGUGAAGGAAAGUUGGCCUGAUUCCAGAUCUGUUUGAGGCUCUUGCCAACCAGUAUAUUCUUUUUUUAUAACACAGAUCCUGAACUAGGUUACAGGUUAGUAGAUUAUCUAAAUAUGAGGAUAUACAGUGCUUGGGAGAUUUUGUGUAUUAUGAUCAACUGAACUAAAAGGAAUAUGUGGAUGAGAACAUUUGUAAUAAAUAUAGGGAAAAUCUUAAAGACUCUAGGGAAAAGAUCAAAUCUCCUGAGAUAUUUUUUGGGGGAUAGCCUGAUUCCGUCCAGACAAGUUUGUGAAGACGCCAUGUGUUUAAGAUGGCAUAAUACGAGCUAAUGGAGGCAGUUCAUACAAUGUGUGUAUACAUUUAAACAUAUACAAAUGCUUUUUCAGAUUUGUUUUUCUUUUGAAUUUACAUAUACUUGACUUUUCUAGUUAUUAUUCAGUAUGGUUUAUUAUUUUCUAUGAACGAUUUGUGUAUUUUGGAAAGAAAUUUGAUGUUAAAUUUUUUAAGCAAUUAGCACUCACACACAAAAAAAUCCCUUGAAGUUUUUACAAUUGAUUGUUUUAUGUAUAUAUUAGUUUCCCAUCAUAUUAAAGGAUCUUAGCUCCUCUGAAAUGUUAUGCAAUUUUGAAAUGUUCUAUGUUAAAAGGGCCUAUAAUGCUGAGAGAUAAUUAAAGCUGGGUGUUUUUUGUUGAUGUUUUACUAUGAUCUGAGGGGUUACCCCAACAGAGAUAUUUAUGGAAAUAUUUUUACAGCCGUUUUUUGUAUACAAUACGCAACAACGAUAUACUAAGGAGGAAAUAUUGAUGUCAACAUAGAUUAUUAUUAAAAAAGUUGGUACAUAAUUAUUAAUACCCUGUACUCAAUUAUAAGCCAUUGUGUUUUAGUGUGUUUUGUUUUGUGGUUAGUACUGUUAUUAUCAGUAUUAAAUAACUCAUUAUGACGCCCAAGUGCUUUAACUAAUAUUUCUCUGAGAGUAACCAUGUGUCCUUUAAAUAGCAUGCAUUCAACUUGUAUUGCAACUGUUACAUUAUUAUUAAAAUGGCUGAGUUUCUAGAUCAUUAAGAUCUUAGUAGGUUGAGCAAUACGUGUUGUGUUAACAUGCAGAAUAAAUCAUAUUUAUCUUAGUGACUGAAACUCACCACUGUAUGAAUUCAUUGAACUGAGUUCUAGUUUGUUUUAAGCAAUGACAACAAUAACUUUUUUAUUCAUACAGUACUUUAGCACAGGGUGUAACUAAGGGCUGAAGUGUUACAGAUUGAACAAUCAAAAUGCAAAUGUCAUUUUCGGCACACAUGCUUGUGUUUACCGUGAAUGCAGUAUCUGCUAGAGCGGGCACAUUGCCUUCAGAUGUCUGUGACACAGAACGUCAGCACUGCAGAUUAAAUCCAGCCCUUCUGCUAAGAAAAUGUGUAAGACGAAAUAUUAUUGUAGAGUUUGCAUGUGCAUGUGUUUUGGUUAUAUCUUUAAAAUAAGUAUUUUGUGCAAUGUAUUUAAUUUCAGCACAGUAAUGUAGUGGGCCACAUUGAAUGUGUCACAAAUGGCACCCUAUUCUCUUUCUAGUGCACUACCUUUGGUCAAAGGUAGUGCACUGCAGUAUUAGAGAAUAGCAUGUCAUUUGGGAGGCACAAUAUUCUCUUAGCAUUCUCAACAACUUCUAAUUGAUUGUUACUAGUCACUGAAAUGUAUAAUUCACUGAUAGUGUAUCCCGACUAAUACUUACUGAAUGUACUGUUUUAAUACUUACAUGGUGGAUUAGACAUGGAUGUCUGUUAUUUGAUGAAACACGAUGUUGUAAUGCUACAGUGGGAUGGGGAUGAGUUGGGAUGUUGUGUAAAAAGAAAAUAACACGUCUGUUUCAUCUUGUCCAUGAAACGGCAUUCCGAAAUGUGCCUUAUUGUUAGUUAGAAAACAAGAAAUGACUUUAGUGCUUUAGCACUAUAUGGAGUUAUGAUGAAUAAAAUAAAUGUUGAAU